UGGACGCGCCCGCUGCUGUACCCAAAUGUACAGUCCUGCUUUUCCCGUUGCCGGUACGGCGACCGGGGCUACUCACGUCUCUCGUUUCUUGACUUUUUGGGUUCCUUUAGGCCAAUAAUUCAACCAAACCUGUCUUCGGAAUUCAAGAAAUGUUUUUAGAAUAAUAAUUCCAGCUUUUGUAGUCCUAGCCUGUUAUUAACAAGUUCAUGUAGGGAGCCUUAUACACCGUUUUUAAAUUCAUUAUUGCAGACGAUGUCCAGGUAUCAUCCAAGAGUAUUUGGCCCACACAAUUUGGGCUUGACCGGCCCUCCUGCAAACUCACAGAAUCCUUGGAAUUCGUUUUACCCAUCUGAUACUCCUGGAUGUCUUGGAGAUUUUUCAGCUUAUAGCAAUCCGUUACUAUUCCCCGCAUGUGCGUCGGCUCCAUAUAUCCAAGCGCAAAUGCAACAGAAUAAUGCCAUGCCAGUUUUUCCAUAUCGUCAUCAGGGUGGCAGUUCUCUGGACACUCCCAAACCUCUAGCACUCGUUCACCCAAUGCCGCAAGCACUUAUGGGUGCACCACUUUCGCAAGUUCAGCAGCAAACUUGUGAAUCUUCAAGUAAAACUGCAUGUUUAUUAUCAAAAUUCCCAGCUCCUGUUUCUUCUAAUUCUGAGAAUCGCAUUCAUAGAGUCGAUUGUGAUGAUUCUGCAGAGAGCAGUCCCUCUAAUCCCACGAGCUCUGAAGUACAGGAUGCGGCUUUGAGAUGUGAAACUUCUACCCACGCUCGUUCACACGCGGGAUCUUCUGUAGUAUCAUCGGCUCAACGGUUGGACGACCCCGCUAUCUCUCAGCCGUCUUCACCGGGGACCAUCACACCCGUUUCUACUCCAGUUGUCUUCCAGUCAUUGGAUGCCGGCGCAUUGUUAGAUAACCAGACUGGACAAGUGGUUAAUGCGUUGCGCAAUCCAGGCACUUCUAAGUGCCCGAGCGCAACUCUUUGCGAGACUGCAGACACGCAAGCAAACAGUCGAAAGCGAUCAAAAAUGGAACUGCGAGAUAUGGCUGAUUGUCAGAUGGGGGAUCAAGCGGUGAUCAUUUCGAUCACCGCCCAUUCAUCACCUCCCUUGGGACCUCUUCCUCAUCUUGUUCAGUCCCAAUCCACAUUUCCAGCAAACUCUGGUUAUUCGUUGCAUCCUUUUACUCGUAAUUCUACGUUCAUUCUGGACAGCCAUCUUGCCUCUGGGGAGGAGAACCCAGAACCUGUUUCCGCGCAACAUGCGCCAGUUGGUCGGUCUCAGCCGAUGAACCCAGGUACUUCAAAUCACGCUACACCUUCACUUAUUGUCAGCGGAAAUCGUGGUUUGAGAAUGCUCCCCGGUUACCCCAUUAUACCACCAGGAGCACCACUCUCCUAUUCUUCCGCUCAGGCCAACGGCAUACCAUCUGCUACCGGAUUUAUGGCACCGACUUGUAUUUUACCUUCUCUGUAUAUGGAAGCUUUAUCGCUUACUAUCUGGCAAUUCUAUACGGGCAUACGCCAAACAAAAACUAAGUAUGCGAAGAAAGUGCAUCUCCGGAAUGCACUCCAUAUGGUGGUAUCCGGUGUUUUUGAAAACGCCGGCUUGUUCAUUGUUGGUUCUUCCAUGAAUGGAUUCGGAUCUGACCAGAGUGACAUGGAUAUGUGUCUUACAGUGACUUCUCGGGACCUCCAACAGAAGAGGGAGGCCUUCGUGAUUCUCAGUCAACUGUUAGCCCCGUUGAGAAAGUGCAGUUUCAUCCGUAACUUACACCUCAUACGCGCGAAGGUUCCUAUUCUCAAGUUUCGUGACACCCUCACAGGCGUCGAUUGUGAUCUGAAUGUGAACAACGUCGUUGGAAUUUACAACACUCACCUUUUGGCCAUGUACACACGAAGUAGGUGCCGUAUACGAAGGUCUCUGUGCCCUGCCCACGUCUGCCCUGUGGUUCACCUGGGUCGAUUGGCGCGUUAGGCCACUGGGCAUGUUCGUGAAACAUUGGGCUCAACGUAUGGAUAUUCACGACGGUAGCCGGGGACGACUGUCCACCUAUCCGCUGUUGUUGAUGUUGAUCCAUUACCUCCAAGCAGCGUGUUCACCACCCGUCCUGCCGAAUUUGCAAGCCAAGUUUCCCAAAAUCUUCAACUAUGCCCGACCUUUGUCCGAACUGGAUAUGCGUUUGGAACUCCCGUGGUCCGAGCUUCGCUCAAACAAUCCUGCCAGCCUUGCAGACCUAUUCGUCGGAUUUAUACACUACUAUACGAAUGAAUUUGAUUUCACUCGUUGGGCAGUCUCCGUUCGACAUGGCGCUCCUCUUCCAAUCGAUGUAGUAAUUCGUCGUCUGCCACCUCACGAGCAGGCACAUACCGCGCGGAGUUUUAAAGUUUUUGUAGAAGAACCCUUCUGUCAGAGCAAUGCAGCCCGCUCAUUGUAUGACGACAACGUGCUCACUCGCAUCAGACAGGCCUUUGUGAAGACCUAUCAAGCCCUUCGAUCCCAACGCCCCCUUGACUCCAUUUGGGUGACCUCUGCAACGGACACAAGUUAACUGCAUCGGAUUUACCCGCCGUGGACGCCAUCACAUCUUUGUCUUUCAUGGUAAACCUGAUUUCAGUAGCAUUUUCAUCCCACAAAAAUACUGAAACUGCCAUAAAAAGUUGUUUUACGGACGUACGUCAAACUUGGGUAUUCCACUCUUCAGCCUCGUAGGCGUAAACUCUUAUCCUCUACCAAGUUUAUUCAAUCCCUGGCGAAUUAUGUAAAUCUUCAUUUUUGCUUUGACAUUUUUGGCUCAACUAACUGUAAAGUUUCAUGCGGAAUCAGUUCCUCUCACUUAUUUCCACAGCUACAUUUUCACAGCCACAUUUGGUUCUGAAUGAUUCAUUCACCAGUAGAUUCGGUGUGCACUCACCCUGUGUCUUCUCAAAACUUGUUCCAAUUGGUCAUGAACCCCUCGAUGACCGCGUCAUUUCAUUUCCAAUCCGGAUUACAUUGCGCUCUUUGGAACUUUCAGUCGAUAUGUUUGGUCUACAAUUCACUGUACAGGCUGUCUACCCACUCGUAUAUUUUUCACCCUUGUAAACUCAGCUGUGCAACGCGCUUCUGCAGCUGUUUUCUCUCUUUCACAUCUAAUUGCUAACUUGUUAAUAAGUCGUUCUGUGAUUUUUGACCCCCAGAAGGACUACAAGGUCCCCACCUUUCAAAUGGGCCUAAUGGAAGCAUAUGCCACUCAGCGCCUUUGCUGUUUCAUACUGUCUCAUGCAUUCUUUUCCUUUCUGUGUUUUAACCGUUUCGCCUCUAACGAGUGCUCUUGAUCCCUCAGUGGUUUAGUUGUAUGGUUAUCAAAUCCAUACCGCUAUCUUCCUCAUAUUUGUUGCAACUACAUGAGUUUGAAGUCACUUCAACUGGUCUUUUUGUUUUGUCUAGAAUAUUCACUUUGCCCACCUUCCUCGUCUAGUUCACGAUCUAAUGAUUGUCGUCGAUAAACAGCUGGAAUGGUUUCAUCAGCUGAUUUAGGAGCCUGGACCGGAAAUUUCCGAUUUCCUCUGUCCACCUGUAAUCAGCCGCUAUUAUCCAACCGCUGAAAUUCCCUUGAUCCCUCCCUGCUUAAAAUGUAUCAUUUAUGCUCGACCAUUUACUAUCAGUAAAUGUUCACGUCCGCGGUUGGAAACACCCCUUGAAUACAAAGGUUCAGCUGGGCACCGAU